AAAACUGAGGCGGUGAGGCCACCGGCCUACGUGAUACGUCCCCUGGGGCCUGGUCUCCAUUAAGAGAGAGACGCGCUUCGUUUCCUGGCUCCUGCUUCUCUUUCCUUCACAAACCAACAAGAGCUGACAACAACGCCCAUGUAUUUCAGAUUCAGAGGCAUCAUCCACCACCACACACAGCAACAGGGACAUGUUUCCAUCCGGCCCGCCGACGUUUCGGACCCUACCGGAAGAGUCGUCCUGCCCGGCAGAGAAAAGAAGGAUGACAGGACGCUUGAGUCCAACAUGGAUGACUUCAACAUAUUCGGAUCUCUGAGAAUCGGUCCUAUUAUCAAAGGCAAUAUCUCAAACAUGUGUGCUUGGUUGAAGUCGCAGAUAAUCGGAGACAAGGCUGAAUUCGAGUCCCCUUUUGGUCGCCGCCGAAUCACGUAUUCCGAUCACACAGCUUCAGGAAGGUUACUCCGGUUUGUCGAGGAGUUUCUCGAGAGGGAGGUUCUUCCAUUUUACGGCAACACUCACACCGUAGAUAGCUAUGUCGGUCUCCACACAAGCGAGCUAGUUCACCAGGCUGCCCAAUACAUCAAGCAUUGCAUGGGUGCCGGGCCUCAGGAUGCUCUGCUCUUCUGUGGCUCCGGCACCACCGCCGCCGUGAAGCGGUUGCAGGAGGUGAUGGGCAUCGCCGUGCCGUCGGUCUUGCGCUCGAGGUUCGUAAGCUGUCUAGCAGACUCCGAGAGAUGGGUAGUCUUCACGGGACCCUACGAACACCACUCCAACCUGCUCUCCUGGCGCCAGAGCCUGGCCGACGUGGUCGAGAUCGGGGUGGACGAGUCCGGCCUUGUAGACAUUGCUUCCUUGGUUGAUGCACUCAAGUCCCCCCAGUACGCCGGAAGGCCUAAGCUCGGGUCCUUCUCUGCCUGUAGCAACGUCACCGGAAUAUACGCCGAUACUCGGGAACUCGCUCGCGUCUUGCACGAGCAUGGCGCAUACGCCUGCUUCGACUUCGCUUGCAGUGGGCCUUAUGUUGAUAUUCAAAUGAGAACCGGUGAAGUAGAUGGGUACGAUGCAGUUUUCUUGAGCCCCCACAAGUUCAUCGGAGGCCCAGGAAGCCCAGGUAUCCUAGUAAUGAGCAAGGAGCUGUAUCGUCUGAAGGGCUGCCCUCCUUCCACAAGCGGCGGUGGAACUGUACGCUACGUCAAUGGUUAUGAUGACAAGCACACACUCUACUCUGAGGACUUGGAAGAGAGGGAAGAUGCAGGCACACCUGGGAUCGUGCAGAAGAUACGUGCAGCCCUAGCGUUCCGUGUGAAGGAUUACUUCAUGGGCUAUGGUGGACUUAUAUGCUGUCAAGAGUCCAAACUAAUAGAAAAGGCCUUGAAUAGGCUCUUAGAGAGCCCAAAUGUACACAUCCUGGGUAAUAUAAGGAUCCAACGCCAGCCUAUUGUUUCUUUCUUGAUCUAUCCAAAUGUCGCACGUGGGAAACACCUGCAUUGCCGCUUCGUCACCAAGCUGCUCAACGAUGUGUUUGGGAUCCAAGCACGUGGGGGCUGUGCAUGUGCUGGGCCCUACGGUCACGUGCUUCUUCAUAUCAGUAGAGCUCGAGCCGAACUAAUCCGGUCCACUGUUGAGAAGGGAUACGAGGGAGUGAAACCAGGAUGGACGAGGGUGAGCUUCAGCUACUACACAUCAAUGGACGAGAUGGAAUUUGUGGCUGAUGCAGUCGAGUUCGUUGGCAAGUACGGUCACAGAUUCCUUCCACUGUAUAAGUUUGACUGGCGAACAGGAGAUUGGUCUUUUGAUAAAACAAACAGGACUUACCAGGACGCCAUUAAUGGAUUAUUAACAGAAUCGAAUACGAAUACAAAAGGUGGUUGCACUUGCACAGAUAAAGAACGUUACAUAGAGUACAUGGCUGUUGCCAAACAAGUCGCUAACGCUUUACCAGAUUCAAGGGAGGAGCCAUAUCAACUACCAGACUAUAUUGAUCCUGAGCUGGUUACGUUCAUGAUCUAGUAGUUGCAAACUUGCAAUGCAUCUUCCUUAUGGGCCUACCCUUAAUAAAUGUAAUUUAUUUAUGUAUAGUCAAAUCCAAAUGAGAAAAAUAAACCCAUGCAUUAUUCUUUUUCA